AUUCUUUCAUCUCGCGACUUCUGUGUCGACAGAUAUCUAUCAUUCACUCUUUACCAAUCUCUGUAAAGCCCAACAAGAACCAUGCUUUUCACCAAGGUCUUCCUGCCUCUCACGGCCCUUUUGGCGACAACCACAGCCGCCCCCACGUCCCCCGACGAAGACUCCUCCCCCCUCCUCUCCUUCCCCUCCUCCCUCCCUCCCUCCUUCGACCCUUACAACGACAUCCCCACCGACAUUGAUGACCUCUCCACCUCUUUCAACACCACGACGCUCCUAGCAACCCGCAACCCCGACCUCGCCGGCCGGGACCAAGCCACGUACAGGGGGCCCUACACGUACACGACGCACUACUGCGGUGCGCCGCGCUCGUGGGCCACCCUGAGCGCCAUCCACGACGGCGUGAGUUAUCUGUACGGCCUAAAGGGACAGCCGCGCUUGGGCGCCAACCAGUGCAGUCGCGUGAGCUGUAGUUGGAAUUCGGCCAUUGUUGUUUGUAAUGAUAACAACCACGACAUUACCUUGCGGUCCUGGGGUAGUAUCGCCGAGGCUGCCUCCUUCCUUACGAGCAAGUGCUUCAAGUACAUGGGUGGCCAGACGCGCAUUGGUGGCCAAGUCUUUUUCAAGGAGAGGUGGAAUGUGUUUAUCACGGUGAACAAGUGCUAGAGUAGUCUAGUGGGAGGCUUGCUUUGUCGAAUGGAGAGUGGUCAUUGUCGGAAGGAAGCCUGGGACUGCUGUUCUUUGGAUUCCAAUCUGUUUUUUUUCCCUUCACACACAC